AGACUAUGAACCUUGUUGAAUUGUUUGUAUGAGUUGUCAGUCCAAACCACAAACCCGAUGGCGCUAGAAAUGUGCUAGAUGUACAGGAUGCAAUCGAUAACACUGCUCCCAUUUCGCACUCGCUUCAUCACACGCAUCAAAACCACCCCUCAAAAACCCACUCUCGUCGGCCCCUUCUCUCCUCAUGCAGCUCACGAGCGCCGACCAAUCCUUGGUUAGUUACAGUACACCAGCAGCGUGCGUGUGACCGGAAACAGCCAUCUGCGCGACUGGCCUCCAUCGCGAGAGGUUGGCAGUCGGAUGGCCGGACAGCUCGCCAAGAAUGUCCGCCAUCAAGUAACCAAUACCAGCCAUCAGCACAGCCGCACCUGAACCGCAAUACAAACAAAGACAACGUCACGUGCUCUCCGUCUGCUCAUCCAUCCCUCUGUCGUACCAGCAGCAGCAGGCAUCUUCUGUAUCAUCCUCUGCGCGGUGUGUUGCGUCACUUCAUUGGGGCUUGCAUUCUGCAUCACCGAGGAGCGGAGCUUAGCCACGUACGGCCCCACACUAUCGCCAGCAGCCGCGAGUUGCUGACCACCCAGCAACACAGAAACAAGAAACGCAACAAACGUGAAGACGCCUGUUUGCCGUCUGCUGCUCGCGUGCCCCUGACCUUGUGAGUGCCAUCGCAGUAGGGGAAUUUCUUCGACUGCCAACAACGACAUAUGACGAUCUUUUUUUCGCCCUUGUCCGGAACGCGCUCAAUCAACUGCACGAGGGGGACUCAAAUGGGCACAAGUCAUGUGCUUGUUGUGCUUCCAUACAUGCGAGUACUGGGGAAACUUGCGUGUAUUGAAAUCCAUGACAUCUCUGUAUCUGAAAGGAGCCAUACGCGAUAUCAUGGCAUCUUUGCGUGGUUUUUCUCCGUGUGACAUCCUUACAGCAGAUUCGUUGGAUCCGGAGGCGGCCCAGAAGGCGAAGUCAUCUUUCUGUGGCUGCUGGCGGCUUUGGCGGACUAGAGCCGGCGUGAAACAUAGCGCGAGCAUGCAACCCCCGAAAGCGAAACAAAAGUCACAUGCACAUCUGUCUUCUUGGCUUUCAUGGCGCAGAUCUGUCGCUCCUGCCGCUCUCUCCGACGAG